AUGACUCAGAGUAGCCAAGCCCCGAACGGUGUCAAGGCGAAUGGCGCCCAUGCCAAUGGCGUCUCGCACGAGCAAGACUAUACACUGCAGGCAGAGGCUGCGCGCAUCUUUCAUCUAAUUCUCAACCAUCCACGACUUGAUGCCCCUGCUGAGGUCAAGAAACACGCCCCCAAGGUCAAGUUCGUGGGCGAUGAGACUCAGCCAUUCUAUCCUACACCCUACAAGGCAGCCGAGUCACAGGCCGCACUGAACGGCUACAUGGGAUUGUUGGCAAGUGCGAUAUCCAAGAAAAGAUAUGGAACUGAUCAAGAAGUUGUGGUGGACGUUGCUCAUGCCAUGAUGAGUGGCCUAGCAGCCUUGUUUGUCCGUACUGAGGACGCCUGGCUGUCUGGAAAUAAGCAGAUGAAUGCAGCAGCAGCACGAUGGGACCAUGGCCAGACCCGAGAGUUAUACAGACAACUCGCCACGAACAUUUACAAAGCCAAGGAUGGAAGAUUCUUCUCCCUUCAUGGCAACAUGAAUCCCUCUCCACUACUUGAAAUGUUGUGUCUUCCUCAACAUAACGACAAUAACCUCUCUUGGGAACAGAUCCUCCAGAUGUACAUGGACCUCAUUUCCCAACUUGACUCAAAGACCCUUGACGAUUGGAGUAACAAUAUUUAUCGCGUGCCUGGUACGAUUUGUUACGAAGAGGAUGAAUUUUUGGCCUUGCCCCAUGGCAAAGCAAUCAAAGAUGAACCCAUUUACAACAUCAUCAAGGACGAAUACUGUGAGCAGCCUGCGGUGAGCUGGAGCGACCAUCCAGUUCCGGAUCCUACGGAUAAGCGUCCACUCUCCGGCAUAAAGGUACUCGAGCUUGCUAGGGCCAUUGCUGCUCCGACUGUCGGUCGCGUUUGCUCUGCCCUAGGAGCCACUGUGAUCCGUGUCAGCAGCGCAGCUAACACGGAGCUCCCAGUCACCUUGUUGGAUGGCUGCAUUGGCAAGAUUAGUGUUGAUAUCGACCUGAAAACUCACGAAGGCCGCAAAAAGUUGAUGGAACUGAUCAAAGAAGCUGACGUUUUCAUCGAUGGGUAUCGCCCGUCCGUCAUGGAGCAUCUGGGCUUUGGUCGCGACGCGGUCCUUGGAUUAACUGCAGGGCGGGGUCGGGGAAUUGUGUAUGUGCAGGAGAAUUGCUAUGGCUGGAAGGGUCCUUGGAAGAUUCGACCAGGUUGGGCGCAGAUUGCAGACACACUUGUUGGUAUUGGGCUCGAGGUGGGACGAUUCAAUGGCUUCGACGAAGCUCAUAUUUUCCCCGGACCUAAUGCAGACUAUCUGACUGGCCACGCCGGAGCUUGUGGUGUGCUACACGCAUUGUUGUUGCGGUCGACCCAAGGCGGAUCUUACACAGUUCAGUGUGCCCUGGCUGUUUCAAAUUUGCAGAUGAUGUCGUUCGGCAAGUAUUCGGAGGCACAGCUCGAGAAACUCAAGGCUCGAAACCCUGAGCUCAUCGGCCACAUGCGUCAUUACGACGAGAUUGUCUCGCACGGCGUCAACCGACACGUCGUUCGCGGAUUUAUCGCUGAUAGACCAUUUGAGAAAGCGAUCAAGAAAGAAAACUACGAGGUCAUCAGCGGCGAACCAUGGGGCUGGGAGGAUGUGGAGGUCGUGAGGUUAGGCUUCUCGCUGACCAAGACGAACACCAAAUUCCCACUUGGAGCUCAUCCACCGGGUUAUCAUCUGCCCCAGUGGAAGGCAGCUAAGAACCCAGACUUCGAGCCAUUGCCAUCAUGGAAGGCCCUGAAAGACCAAGCGUGA